AUGAAGUCAUUCAUAUUUUUACUUGUAUCUGUAACAUUUUCUUUUGAAAUUGAUGACGGCAAGGUCAAAGGAUCAAUCAUAUAUAAUAGAACUGGUAAUUCAACUGGUUGGAACUUUCUUUAAAUAAGUUUAGAGAGUAUUGAAAAUGAUGAAGAUGUUUUUGCUGCAGCUGGAAGAUUUGAAGGAGAAGAAUCAAGAGAAGAAAUUUAUAAUGCUUAUAGGAAUUAUGUCUAUGGACUAUAAGGUGGAAGACAUUUUUUACCAAAAUCCCUUUAGAGAUAUGUGCAUAAUUAAUAUAAUUGGUUAAAAGAAUAGAGUUAAACUUAAAAUACAUCAUAUUGGAGGAUGGUUAAAUAUCUUUUGAUUUAGUUAGAGAAUAUGUAUGAAGGAUAUAAUUAUCAUUAUGGUAAAACAGAAAAAGCUUUGUCUUUUGAUUAGUUCUAUUUUCUUAGUAAUAUGGGAGAUCUUUAAGAUUUGUGGCCAAGUGUUGGAGAAGUACAAACUCAAGGAAUUGGAAAUUGCAAUUCAUUUUAUAAACCAGGCAUAAUGGCACAUACUACUUUUAACGUUUAUCAAACUAUGCUUCGAAUCUAUAAAAGCUAUAAUUUUAAAUUAAAAGAUAAAGAUGUAGUCAAUCAACAUUUAUCUUUUACAGCAAGACCAGGUGAUUUAGAAUCUAAAGAUGAUUUUUUUGUUCUUUGGGAUACUUAAAUGGUUGUAACAGAAACAUCAUUUAAUAAUUAUAAUAAAGAAAAUUAUGAGUAUUUUCAUUAUGAUUCAGUUCCUUGUUGGAUUAGAGUUAAUAUAGCAAGUAGAUUAGCAAAGAAUCCAAAAGAAUGGAUGGAUAUUUUUGGAUUACAUAGAAGUGGAACUCACAAUAAUUAAUGGGUUGUUACAGAUUAUAAUAAAGUUUAUAUGGGAGAAGAGGCUUUCUUUAUUUAUAAAGUGCAUGAUCUAACAAAUACAUUAUUAAAUAGCUAAGGAUAUGUUGCAUCAUAUAAUGUACCUUUAGAUUAAGAAAUCUUUGAUUCUUUAAGUAAAAUUAUAUUGUAUUUUAGAAUAUCCAAAUACUACUUCAUAUAAUGAUGAUGUAAGAGCUAAAUAGUUUAGAAUGUAUUAAGGAAAUUUAAGAACUGUUAGAGAGAUUGGAAGAUUACUAAGAUAUAAUAAAGUAACAGAUGAUUUUGAUAUUUGUGAUGGAGCUAUAUGUCCAAGAUGUGAUUUAGUAAAUGAAAAUGAAUAUCCAUUUGGAGGGAUUGAUGGAAAAGUCAUAAGUUAGGAUAUGAUUAAAGUUAAAAAGGUUCAUUUGAUAUCUAGUCCAUCUUAUUAAGAACAUCAAAUGUUCAAUUGGAAGGCCUUUCCUAAUAUACCUCAUUAUGGUAUGACUGAUAAAUGGUCAUUCCCAUGGUAUGAGCUUGAUGAAACUAAUUUUACAAUAAAAGAGUUAUAUUAAGAUUAUUGA